AUGGCUCUGGGCAAAAAUUGCGAUGCCCUCAAACUAUGGACGCACUGGGGUCUACAAGCUGCGAGGAUGUGGAUACCACGACACCAGACGUCAGCAUACCUCAAGCUGCAUCGGACCAUGCACGCAAUCUCGGGCAAGGCUAUUCUUCUUCGUCCUUUUGACAGUGGCUGCAGCCAAGGGGAUAGAAAGCCAACAGUUUAUAUGGCUACCCUAACACAAUUCAACAAGACGACAUUCGCGGGGCGUCAUGUUCGAUAUUUUCACUUGAAGACCAUUCAUGAUAUGGUCACUACCAUUCACAAUCUAUCCCCACCAAUCCCCGGCACUUCUGUCGGGCUCAAUGACACAGGCUCCAUCACAGCUGUCGCUUUUGCCACGGAAAACCACAUAUCCCAUAUUUGUUGGGAAAAGAGAUUACAGCACGUCUUUCACAAGUUCAAGAAAGAUCAAACCAAGGUUUCCUUCUUCGGUGACCCAAAGCAGCGUGGUUGCUUGAUCCCACCGCGUGGGGCCGAGCAGGCCAAGCUCAAAAUCAUCCCAUCUUCGAUAUCAAGCAUCUCCGAAACAGCCUACCUUUUGGAUACACACUAUAAAACUCUUAUUACUCUCCGAUUUCUAUCCAAACAUGUGUACGACAACAAGCUUCGCUCCGAACGUGCUAUAAAGAGACCAAGUCGUAUUCAGUUCAUGGAUGUUUGCAAAGGAGAGGAGCGGAGAUCGGGGAGUAAGUCCAAGAACAUAGAAGAGGUGCACACAAUCGUGCGACUGGUCAAACAGUAUUAUAACAAGACGGACUUCUGUGUCAUCACGCCAUAUGCCGCUCAGAGAGCGGCCAUAUCAAUGCAGCUGAAGAAGGAGAACCUGCGCUUUGAUCGCGUCUUCAAUGUUGACAGUUUCCAAGGCAACGAGGCGGACUACGUGAUCGUCUCGGCUCUUCCUGCGCUCGAAGAACCGGAUAAACGCAUGCUCACCCGGUGCAAGAAAGGCAUGGUCAUCGUCACCAGCCGACAGUUUCUCCGGGGUGGCGGCGGCGGAAAGAUGCUAGGGCUGCUCGUGGCGGAAUUCGAGGCCAAGUGGAGAAGACCUGGACGGACUGGAAACUAGUGGCGGAGGGAAAGGCUGGGAAAGGCCGGUGACCCCACGGCGCAGGCGUCUCCGCACGACUGGCCCCGUGUAACUGACCACUUCUGGGGCAAACACGGCUUCCAGUAGCUUCCAGUGUCCCUACCGGCAGUCAUGCACGCAACAACGCUCUGGAGCGCAGAAGGCGUCUUGUUUCGAAGGCCGUCAAUAUAUGGUUCAGGGCACGUCUGACUGUGUCAGCCAGGAGUUUUUAAAUUCUAGAUUCGCGGUCAUGGUCGGGCGCAACAACCACGUCUGAGCACCAGACCGAGCUCGUACAGAGGCUGGAUCCAGGAGAAGGUUCCCGUCUCAAAGCAUAUACUUUUCCAAGUCGUCUAAAUGGGUUUGGGCCUCGUCAAGAGGUAAGAAAAUUCACAUGUACAGGCGGAUCAUUACAAGGCAUUCUGCGGACGUCGAACGAGCUCGAACGAGGCAAAGAGAAUUAUAUAUCAUACAAUUUCACAUAUCGAUGCAAUGCAUAUGGGCCAUUCUUGGGUCCAUGGUUACCUCCCAGAUCAAGUCUAGUGCAGCUCG